GAGUGUUUCAAUCGACGACCUUACCCCCUUGCUCAAUGAUGAUGGGCAUGCCUUGCCGUCCCGAUUUGUGGUUCUGGAUCUGUGCGCCUCUAACAGGAGUUGUCUCAGCUUGGCGUGUAAGAUGCCCAGCUCCAGGAGAUGUGACGAAAGCUCUCGAGCUUCUGAUCUCUUAAAAUUCCAUGAUAGAUCGAUCUUUGUUGACAAUUAUUCUGGUGUAUUCUUUUGCUUCUUGUCAUAUUGGUCUUGGAUUUCUCGCCUCAACGGUUGCGCCCAAGUACACGGGUUUUGCUAGAUAACAGCAAGGCGACUCUCUCGGCCUCGUUGUAUUAAUUACCAGUCAUAAUGGGUGCACACAGUCGCCGCCAGCUGCGCGCCGCGCUUUCUUUCGUUCUCCGUCCCCUGGGCCUUGCCGUCCUUCUCACCGUGUUCGUUCGCAUGCUCUUCUCCUCUCCCUCACAGCCCAAGAAGGCGCCAGUUCCCAAAGAGACCAAGGCCCUGGUGAUCGCCUCGACCAGCGACCUCGGAGAGGACCAGACCAGCUGGAUCUCCCAGGUCCCCGCCGAGUGGACCGUCUACAACUACGUCGCCGACGCGCCGACGUCGCCGGAGCUCUCGGUGCCCGUCAACAAGGGCAACGAGGCCAUGGUGUACCUGACCUACAUCAUCAGCCACUACGACCACCUCCCGGACAUCGUCUUCUUCCACCACGGCCACCCCAAGGCCUGGCACCAGGCCCUCGACUCGCUGACCGAGGUGACCAGCCUGCGCACCUCGUACGUCGCGCGCCGCGGCUACGUCGCGGCCCGGUGCCUCCCGGGCUGCGAGAACCUGAUCCCGCUGGCCGACCACAGCGUCGACGCCGACAAGCUCGUCUACGUCGGCCGCGACGUCCACCUGACCACGCUGCUCGACGAGUUCCUCGACCGCGCCCGCGGCGAGCGCGUCCCGCCCCGCCUGGCCGCGCCCUGCUGCGCCCAGUUCGCCGCCAGCAGGGCCGCCAUCACGGCGAGGCCGAGGGAGUGGUGGGUCCGCCUGCGCCAGUGGCUGAUCGACACGGAGCUGGACAGCAUGACCAGCGGGAGGCUGAUGGAACAUACCUGGCAUAUAUGGCUGGGGGAGAGGGCUGAGUAUUGCCCGGAUUACGAGGCCUGCAGAUGCAAUGUGUUUGGUAUUGGUGAUUGCCAGCAGUAUUUCGACCAGGAGGGGACCGCACAGUGAGGAAGGCGACAUGAAUAUGCAGGAUUGGACGGGAGGAAGCACCUAUCCACAGGGCCCGGACAUGGAAGUCUACAACGUCUGGGACGUCAUCGAGGUCCCUGGUGGGCGUGGAUUAUU